AUCAUCUCAUCGAUUACGUUCAAUCAGACGGUAGCUACCAACAUGAAGGCGUUCAUUGUGUUGUCCAUGGCUCUGGCCAUCGCAUCCUGUGCGGCAGUCGACGAUUCCACCAGCAAGAAGGAAAAACGAGGCCUCUGGGAUCUGAGUCACGAUCACGAUAACAUCGGAUACGAUCAUCAUUACGAUAAUCAUUACGAUAAUCACUACGAUCACUACGACCACAAAACCGUAACCAAGACCAUCACCAAGAACGUUCACGUCCCGUAUCCGGUUGAGGUUGAGAAGCACGUUCCAGUUCCGGUGAAGGUUCCAUAUCCAGUUCCAGUUGAGAAGAAGGUUCCAGUUUAUGUGGAGAAAAAUGUCCCUGUCUACGUCGAGAAGAAAGUUCCCGUCCAUGUUGAUCGUCCAGUUCCUUAUCCAGUAGAAGUCAAGGUCCCAGUUGUCCAGAAGGAAUACGUCGAAGUGCCAAAACCAUACGCAGUUCAUGUUGAGAAGCCCGUUCCGGUGUACGUCAGCAAGCCGGUGUACGUCGAGAAGCAAGUUCCAGUGACCGUGCAUGUCAAGGAGCACAAGAAGCAUUGGGGUCUGUUUUAGAAUUUGAAAAUGUGAUUUUAGAAUUGUUGAACACAAAUUGAA